UGUGAGAUUGGGUAGACCUUGGGUUAGGUAUUUUCCUUAUGUGCUAAGUUCGUAUUAUUUUCUUAUUGCUUCUAUCUAAAUUUUUAGCGUGUUUUUCUAGAUGCAUCCUCGUCGCCAGACACGCAACCCGAAUCGUCAAAAUGAUGGAGGACCUAACGAGCCUGAUCCAGCCGUUGUAGCCGCUAUGACUCAGGCUCUUACUGCCGUACUGCCAACUCUGGUUCAGGCAAUACGUAAUCCGAACCCAAACCCAAAUCCCAAUCCGAACCCGAAUCCGAAUCCAAACCCAAAUCCCAACCCAAAUCCAAACCCAAACCCGAACAAUACGGGUGGCAAUAUGGGAAUACAAGAUUGGCUAGCUCAUUUUGUGAAGCAUAAACCGAAAUCGUUUACUAAGGCUUCCACACCAGCAGUGGCAAAAGAUUGGAUUUCUCACAUUGAGAAGAUUUUUACUGUACUUAGGGUUGACGAGCAAUACAGGGCUAGUUUAGCAGCUUAUAAGUUGGAAGAAGAUGCGCAUGUUUGGUGGGAGUCUGUUUUAAGAGAAAGAGGUGGUCCAACAUUUGUAGAGACUCUAACUUGGAAUGGUUUUUGUGAUCUUUUCUUUGAGAAGUACUUUACUGUGGUGGAUAAAGGGGCUUAUCGACGCGAAUAUCAUAAUAUCCGCCAACGGAAUGAUGAAUCACUUACCGACUUCACUGAUCGAUUCUAUAGACUUGUUGGUUUUCUUGGGGCUGCUGCUGGAACACCUGAGGAACAAGCAGAAACAUAUCAAUGGGCUGUGUGUGAUCGGAUUCGUAGGCAAAUAAUUGAUUCCAGGUUUGCCAAUGUUGCGGAAGCUAUAGAUGCUGCAAAGAAAGUAGAGAUGGAGAGGAAAGAAUUCUUGGGAAAUUCUGAUGAUAGCAAGAAAAGGAACAGAGAUGGAAACCGUAUUCAGUCUUCUAGUCAUUCUUCGUCUCAAGGACCCAAUCAGUAUGGUAAUGAUCGUAGCAAUGCGGGAAACAACAGAACUAAUGGAUGUUGAUAAGUUUGUUUUCCUGACCUUACUGAUGAUAAUAAUGUGAUGUUCGAUUGAAAUGUGGCUUAUAAUAAUAGCUCUGUCAUAUUCAGUUUCUUCAUUUUGAUAACGGGUUUGAUGAAGUGAUUACAGGUAUGCAUGAAGACAUUUUUCUCGAGAUUAACUUCCUCAGAUUUGCAGUUUUUAUGUACAUCAUGCUUGAUGCUUGCAUACUUUUGUUAUUUAUGACACUGCACUCAUUAGAAAAUGUUAUGCAUGUAGGACUAAUAUUCAUAUCUCAGUUUGAUAUAAGUUACAUGGACUCACCACUUUAUGAAACCUUAGUUCUGUAGAUAAUUUAUAUCCAUUUAUCUUUCCAUUAUAUAAUUGAUAAUAGAGUGAAAAAAGGUCAAAUCUAUUUCUAAUAAAGGUCUUAAAAGAUGCAUCAUCCGCCCCAGAUGCGUUUGAGUUGUUCAAUGAUCUAAAAGGAAAAGGUGCAUAUCAUACUAAAGCAUUAAAACAUUUUCUAUUUCAUAUCUUUUUUUAUCUUACAAUUAUUCUUUUCCCAUUUUAUUGUUAUUUCAAUGGGAUGUAUUUGAGAACAAGUCCACCGUCAUAGUCUAUUGUGGAGAGCAAUUGUUGCAAUUUGGCUAUCUUCAGUUCUUAUUGGUGAUAUCAGUUUUGUACCCUUUUGCGAAUGGCUGAUAUAUGCAACAUGGAGGUUGGUAGCUUAUUUUUCAUCAUUACUUCAUUGUGUUGGAGCAAGUGAAAAGGUUUUUCAGCUAAUUUAAUUUGGAUG